AUGCACAAUUUGGCGCCAGGAAUCGAUGCGACAAUACCUUGUGAUUCCAAUCCAUAUUCUGUGGGUGUCUUAGCGGUCUCUAAAUUGUUUCCAGAGGAAACAAAUGUUAAUUUAUCUCUCAAGUUUUCCAUCCCUCAAAAUAACUUGAUACACAAAUCUAUCAGCGAUGUCUACCUAAAUCUCUAUAUGGUUUGGGUUUCUAAGAUUUUGCACGAGAAGAAUAUAAACAGAUGCUUGGUGUACAAUCAACGGGCGACAAUCUCACCAUCCUCGAAGUCUUUGAAUUUGAGCACUUCUUGGAAAUAUUUGAACAACGCGUACAAAACGUCGAAAUUCAGUUUUGGCAGUUGGGACAGAGUUUGUUUAACUUUUGGAACCGAGGAGGCGUGGUCGCUCGAAAGUGUCAAAGUCAUGAGUUCUUUUGCCUCUUCUUCAGGAAUCACCGUCACUCGCAAGAUCUUGAAAUCUGGACAUCUUUCGAACGAUUCUUGCAGAGUGGAGCCAAAGUAUUUAGGAGUGGCUUCCAAUUGCUGGAACGACAUAUCAUUGGGCUGUAAUGACGGUGUUGGAACAGACCCCAUGGAAACCAUCGUUCCAGAGUAUGGCAUUGCUUUGAACUCGAGCAGAUCGGCCGGUGGCUGUGAAGCGGGCAUGACAGAGUCUCUGUUUCCGCGUUUGAGACUGAACCAUUUGCUGUUGCUUUCGGACAUCGCAGGCGAAGGAAGAACGGUUUCUGUUUGA